AAAGAAAAAUAGGUGCAAACUAGUUAUGAGCAAUAUUCCAAACAAAAUAAAUAAAUACAAUAAAAAUUGCAUGUGAGCAAAUCUACAAGAAAUGGAAGUAAAUAAACACAGGUGUGAUAAACGAUAAUAGGCUGCAAUGAUAAUAUGGAUGGAGGACAAUUCACAUGAAACAGAAACAAUGGAUUAACGUAUUUUUACUGUUACUGUAUUUACUGUAUUUGAUAGUCGCAUAAUGUCAUAGCUCCAUGUGGAGGUUUAACGCGUUCUUGGGGUCGGUUUAGCUAUUGCCCUAAUUAAUUGAGCUCUUUGGACCAUGUGUGCCCCGGCCGGUGGUGGGAGGAGCGGAGGGAGGCCACUACCCCCCGAGUCACAGGACACCUCCAGUAGAGACCGUGGUCCUUUAAGAGCCAGCAGCCUCUCCAGCAGCUCGGUCGGAGCCAGAGAGAAACUGCAGCAGCAGCAGAGGCAGCAGCACAUCCUUCAGUGGGUCCACCUGACCAGCAGCCUCCUGGCUCACAUCAAAACACACCGCGUCCUGGAGGGGAAUGGGGGCCACCUAGGCCGCCUGGUAGCCGACUAGAUUUCCCCAGAAGCGGAGAGAGGGCUUCGCGGCCGGGUCGCCCACAGCGAGAUGGUGUCGUGGAUUAUUUCCAGGGUAGUCGUCCUUGCAUUUGGGACACUCUACCCAGCAUACUCCUCAUACAAGGCCGUCAAGACAAAGAAUGUGAAGGAAUAUGUGAAGUGGAUGAUGUACUGGAUAGUGUUUGCGCUGUUCUCUACGGCGGAGACGGCCACAGACAUGCUCCUAUCAUGGUUUCCAUUUUACUUUGAGCUAAAGAUUGCCUUUGUGAUCUGGCUCCUAUCCCCAUACACCAAGGGCUCCAGUGUUCUAUACCGCAAGUUUGUCCACCCAACCUUGUCCAACAAAGAAAAGGAAAUAGACGAGUACAUAGCUCAGGCCAAAGACAGGAGUUACGAGACCAUGAUGAGGUUUGGGAAACGGGGUCUCAACCUGGCUGCUAACGCCGCCGUCACUGCAGCCACCAAGGGCCAGGGUGUGUUGUCGGACAAGCUACGCAGUUUCAGCAUGCAGGACCUGACUCUCAUCAACGCAGAGGAUGAGCUGGGUCUGCACACUCCAGACACCCGCAUGAGACGGGACCACAUGGACGAGAUGAGCUCAGGGGCCAGCACUCUGCCCCGGGCCAAGAGCACUGCUGCACGCCAGACCCGCUCUUUGGCAAACGCAUCGCUCGCCGAUGAGACAUCGUCUCAGCACAGCUCCGAUCAGUCAGACACGAGGACUGAACACUCUGAUGAAGAUGUGGGAGACAAAGCUCCCAAGCGCAGCACCACCGCCAAGGCCACCAAGAAAACUGCUGCUACUAAGACAGAGACUCAAACCAAGACAGUGAAGAAACCGGCAAAGAAAAAGACCACAACUAACAACGCAGAGACGCCCCCAUGAGUCCUGCUGUCAACAUCCACCGACGUACACUCGCUCCACCCACAGCCUGCCGUCCCUUCCUCCUCUUUGGUCUCCACACAAACACAUAUUCACUCUACUACGUAUCAAGCAGUGAAAUUGUGUCACUAGCUGAUUUUCAGAGCAAAGUGCAGAGGUAGUUCUUAGCAAUACGUGGCCAAUUUUAAGUUGAGAGCAAUUCUUUUAAAUUUUCUGGCUAUUUUGUUUUACUCAUUAUUGUGAGCGUUGUUUGCUGGGGACUUUUCAUUUUAGCCAAAAAGAUGUUUAGUAAUCUGGUCAGAAAUGUUUCCUUUUAACC